CUCUCUCUCUCUCUCUCUUUCCUCACGCCCUCGCCUGUAUUUUCCCCCUUCGGACCGCCAGCUAGCCCAUCCUGAGCCUCCCUCCUCAGUCAUCCCCCCGCCUGUCUUUCCUUCCCCCCUCUCGGCCCUUCCCUCCCUCUCGCUGUACCUCCCCCUGCUCUCGUGCGGUCCAUGUCCCUGCCGGACAGCUCCUCCGGCCAGCAGGCCGUGGCCAUUGACCCGAACAAUGUCUUCUGCUUUCUAGAUCUCGCGGUGGGCGACAAGUCCAUGGGUCGCAUCAUUAUCGAACUCUUCCGCGAUACCCCCCUGGCGACGGAAAACUUCCGGGCACUGUGCACCGGCGAGAAGGGCGCCCCGCUACACUAUGCAGGGGUGCCGCUCCAUCGGAUUAUCCCGCACUUUAUGAUCCAGGGAGGUGACGUGACAAGCCGCGAUGGCCGUGGCCUGGCUUCCAUCUACGGCGAGCCGUAUGUGGCCGACCCGGCGGGGUUGGCACGGCGGCAUGAUCAGGCCGGCUUGUUGUCAUUGGCCAACCGGGGGGACCCCAAUCGGAAUGGGUCCCAAUUUUUCAUCACCCUGGCCGCGUGCCCACACCUCGACGGCAAGCAUUGCAUCUUCGGUCGAGUUAUCGGCGCGGACGGCCUGGCCACGCUUCGACGCCUGGUGGCUGGCGUGACCACCGACGAGAAGGACCGGCCGUUGGAGCGGGUGUUCAUCGCGCGUUCCGGCGAGCUGGCCUUCAAGAAGUCGCAUGCCUCGGGCGCUGACGAUGCACAGGCGGGCGACAUGUCAUCGCGCGAUGAGCGCCGUCGAAAGCGUCGGCGUCGGAGCAGUCGCAGUUCAGCCGACGAUGAGGAUGACUCGAGCAGCCGUCGUCGUCGGCGGCGUCGCCGCUCUGAUGGCGAUCGCAGUCGUCGUCGGCGACGUCGGCGUGAUGACUCGCGCUCUCGCUCGCGCUCUCGUUCGCACUCGGAUUCGCGCUCGCGCUCGCGUUCGCGUUCGCAUUCGCCCUCGGUCUCCCGUUCGCCGGUUGACAGGCGCCCUCGAGCUCCCCUGCCGCCGAUUGACCGCCAUCGCUCGCCAUCCCCCUCGCGCUCGGCCACUGGUGCCAGCAGCCGCCCGGGCAGUGUCAGCCCCGCGCCUCGGGAUCGGUCGCAGUCUCCGGCACGCUCGCUGUCGCCGGCAAGUCGGUUCAGCAUGCCUGGCGAGCGCCUUUCCCGGCGGGAUCGCUUCGAAGAGCGCCAGCGUCAGGCAUCUCUGUCGUAUGAACGCGGCCGUGGCCACAGCGGCAGCAUCGGCUCCAGGCACUCGACUUCGCGUGGUGACCAAGAGACGCCCCGCACGCGCAUCAACACCUCAUCUGACACCCGGCCCACCCAUGAUGAUGGCGGUCGUGGCGACAAUGUGUCUUACCGGCGUGAAUAUGACAGCGAGCAUCGGGCCCGGCUACAGCAAGCCCGCGCCGAGGGCCGUUAUCCUAGAUCCCUCCAGCGUGCGGUCGGCCGGCUGGGUAGCGAUCGCCUGACCACAUCUUCCUCUGGCGCGCCCACUGGGCGGAUCUACAAGGGCCGUGGUACCAUGCGCUUCGUCACCCCGCCGAAGUACCGGUAGGGAAUGUAGUGCGAUGUAUUCUCCACACCUUUCUUCCUGCAUGCGCUGAUGGCGGCGUCACACUCGGCCCGGCAUUGCACGCAUGGCCACCUCUCCCACCGCCUUGCCUUCUCUGUUCAGCCUUCCCCU